AUGGCCUCAUUAUCUGAGACUUUGCCCCUGAAGAGGAAUGAGAACAUGGGAGACUUCGAAGAAACCAACACUCCGUCAAGUUGUGGGUGCUUCGAGAAGCUGUGCUUCGGAUGGAGCACGAAGAGAGACGAGUCCAUGGACAGCCUGUUGGCGCAUCGACUGGAAGAAACGAGAGAGACUUGGUUCACGCGAAGCAUGAAGGAGGUGCAGCAUGUCUCGGAGGUUUUGGGAGGGCCAAAGUGGAAGAAUUUCAUCAGGAGCUCCGGUCCGAGAGGGGUCGGCCAGAAGAGGAAGACCCUGUUUCGCUACGACCCGCGCAGCUACGCGCUUAAUUUCGACGACGGGCUCGAGAGAGAAGAAAGCUUGCAUCCCAGAUUCUGA